UGCUACAAGUCUGGCCUCGGAGCUGAAGCCUGGCUCGGCGCUGCGAAAGGGUCCAGGAGCCCGAGCAGCGCGUGGUUUCAGUGGGGCGGGUGUUCUCACCCGGGACUCUCCGGCGGAACCGAACCUGGCAAAUGGGCGCAUGAAGGAACAAGAGCGGGGAAAUGGACUGCUAUUUGCGCCGUCUCAAACAGGAGCUGAUUUUUCCAUGUUGGAAGAGAUUGAAUGGGAUCAUUUCAUUCCUCCCACCGCCUCUGACCUGGACUGCGUUCAGCCUUCUGGAAGGAAGCCUGCUAGCUCAGACUCCUUGCCUCUGGGUGAAAUGAAACCUUGAGAUGUAUCCCUGACUCUCCCUGCGUGGUGUCCAUGAAGGAGGUGGGCGACGGCUUGCAGGAUCAGAUGAACUGCAUGAUGGGAGCUCUGCAGGAGCUGAAGCUGCUGCAGGUGCAGACAGCCCUGGAACAGCUGGAGAUCUCUGGAGGGGGUCCUGUCCCAGGCUGCCCGGAAAGUCCCCGGACACAGCCCCAGCCCUCUCGAUGGGAGGGUGGCAGAGGUCAUGCCAGGCCUGUCACACACUCUGCCUCCAGCCAAUCUUCUCCCGGCAGCGACAGCAGCAAGUGUCCAUCCCAUAGGAGUGUGUGUGUGAGGGAUCUGACCCCCCAGCCCAGGACACAGCAGCCAGAGCAACAACGCUGUGCCCAGCGGGGGUCAGAUCUGCUGGAACCAGAUGACUGGACCUCCACGUUGAUGUCCCGGGGCCGGAAUCGACAGCCUCUGGUGUUGGGUGACAACGUUUUUGCAGACCUGGUGGGCAACUGGCUGGACUUGCCAGAACUGGAAAAGGGUGGGGAAAAGGGUGAGGCUGGGGAAGGAGGAGAGUCCAAGGGACAGAGGGGCCAGCCCCGGGAGCUCAGCCGUAGGUUCACGCUGACAGCAAACAUCUUCAGGAAGUUCUUGCGGAGCGUGCGGCCUGACCGGGACCGGCUGCUGAAGGAGAAACCAGGCUGGGUGACACCCACAUCCUCGGAGCCCCGAGCUGGACGCUCGCAGAAGGUUAAGAAGCGGAGCCAUUCCAAGGGCUCCGGACACUUCCCCUUUCCAGGCACAGCGGAGCCCAGGCAAGGGGAGAGCCCUUCCGCAAGUUUCCCCAAGGCCCUGGAAGCAUCGCCCUCUGGCUUUGAUGUUAACACAGCUGUUUGGGUCUGAAUCCUAGAGACAGAAAGUGAACUGAACCCAAAAGGGCCAGGUCCCGAAGCUGGGACUCUGGGGAGGAGGGUGGGCAAGUGGCUUUCAAAAGCCUAACUCCAAGUUCCUUUGCCCCAGAAAGGAGGGAGAGGAGGCAGGGCAGGCAGGACUGUGGUUGGGAGAGGCUGUGAUGGGCUGGCUGGUGGAAGAGGUGAGUGUGUGUGUGUGUGUGUGUGUGUGUGUGUGUGUGUGUGUGUCUCACAAGGGGCUGGAGGUAACAGCAGGGGAGGGGGAGGGAACCAGGAAAUCCUUCUGACAUUCCUUCACUGCCCCCAAAGACCUCUUUUUAACAUUCUGUAUGGGUUAGGGCACUGGGGUCUCAGAUUCCCCAGAGAGGCCUCCAGUAAAGUCUCUCCUGUCCCAGCCUUAUAACUGUUUCCCUGGCAAAGCGCUCUCGCAGGCACAGGAAUUAAAUCUCACACUCCGCCCCCCCCCCUCAGGAACCUGGAUCCUGAGAAAUGGCUGAAUAAGGGGUGUAGGCAUACGGAGUACUUGGGGUAGCCUCCACUGUCUUUCCAAAAAUAGAGGAACGAUAAUAUUUGUAUAGCACUUUAAACAUUGGAAAGCCUCUUCGUAUCUAUUACUGCCUUUGUAAGUGGGCAAGUGAGGCGGGUAUUAUCCCCACUUUCCAGAUGAGGAGGCAGGCUGGACCUGCUCCUUGUCCAAGCACAGCCCAGUCCAGGGCUGACCGAGAGCAGCAGCUGGGCCCUGGGCGCACACACACUCCUCCCCAACACCCUGUCUCCAGCGCUGAACCCCCACCCAGGACAUAGGGCGUGUGAAUACUCCAGUGAGGCCAAGGUGUGCCCAAAUGAUAGACUGUCCAAGCACUCAUUUCAAGUUCCUAGCUCCAUCCCCUGCCUCCCUCCCUCUGCACCAGGCGCAGCCUUGGGCCUCAUCUUCCAACCUGAGCCAGAACCAGCCCGGCUGGAGGGAAAGGGCCCCAAGCAGCAGCUCAGCUUCUGAAGCAGUGGUGGUGGGCACGUGGCCCAAGCGGCGACACCACCCCAGCCGUCCCCCUGUAAGCCACCAGCCUGCCUUACUCUGGCCGGGAACACCCGCUGGCUGGGAAAAAAACAAUGCAGGUCCCUGUUCCGGCAGAGCCAGCCCGGGAAGGCACACCCUCUCUCCUCCCCUUCCCCUCCCCUCCUGGCUGAUCUCCCCUCUGCCUGAUGAGGGGUGACAGCUGCAAUUAGAGGCAAGACUCCUUCCUGCCCUCAGAGCAUUGAUAGCAAACUGGAGAAGAAAAAUAACAAGGCGCUUCCUGCAUCCUGGACCCCUCUACCCCCCCUCCCCACCUCCCACCCCCAGGACGGAUGAAGGGAGGGGGCUUAGAAUGAGCUCUUCCAUAGCUCCAGUCGGGCGGGUAGGGUCACUCCCAAAUUCCUACGCAAUCAAAUGGUAGAUGUGUAGUUUUUGGUGGUCAACGCUACAGGAGGAAAGGCUAAUUCUUUUUUGAGAGCUCACUAUUUGCCAAGCAGUGUGUGCAACACGUCUUUCAAACUUCAGAACGAUCCUAGAAGGUAUUGUGGUCCUCUUGGCAAAUGAACAAGCCAGGAUUUGCAACAGGAUUGUCCCAAACCCCUGUCCUUUCUGCCCCUCUCCCUGGAGUUUGCCCACCGAGCUAGCCCUUCCUGGGGAGCAAGCCCUGCCCAUUCUUUGUGUGAAACCACAGAAUUCUGACAUCUCAGUCCUGGGUGAAGGCCCACUGGCUGUGGCUGCCUUUGGUCGUUGGUGGUGAUGUGUGUGUGUGUGUGUAGAAUGCGUGUGAAGAGUCCUGAUUCUCUGAGUCCUGAGAGGAGGGAGCCUUGGGCUGCUGGGUGAUGGAGAAGCCAUCCAGCAAAUUCAACGGGGCACCCACUCUGGAUCAAAAUGAUUCUACAGGAAACCAAGUCACUUCUUGGCCAUUCAUCUGUGACUCCUGUUUCUGGACCAGUCACAGCAAAUCAGACCAAUCGAACAAAACUUUGUGAGCACCUCCCAAUGCCAGGGAUCACUAUGGGAACUAAACAUUGCUGUAAAGAACACAGCAAUGAGAAGGACCCAGUUCCUGACUCACAGGGCCCCAUGGGAAGAAAGGAGCAACGUCACCCACCAGUUAGAAGAAUGCAAGGGAAUGAAAUUUUAACGUGGGCCAGAACAAAACAAUGAGAGUGACUUUUUUUUUUUUUUAAGAUUUUUAAUUGGGGAAUUGGGAGGAUGGGAACAGCGCU